AUCUGACUGAGGAGUGAUCUGAGCAGCAUCAGGAGAAAAGCAUCACCAUGGGGAACUGUUGCGAGAGGGCGAGUAAUUUCUUUGGACCGCAGAAGAACACCAACGUGCGGGUCAGUCUGCCGGCCGUCUGCUUCGUCUGGCAGAUUGCUAUGAUCAUUCUCUUUGGAGUUUUCAUCCGCUAUGAUGACGAGUCAGACGUCAGACUCUGGCUACAGUUCAAACGGGAGAACAACAUCACCAGUGAUAUCGAAAAUGACUUCUACUUCAGAUACCCCAGCUUCCAGGACGUCCAUGUCAUGAUCUUUGUUGGGUUCGGCUUCCUCAUGACCUUCCUGAAACGCUACAGCUUCGGCGGCGUGGGCUUCAACUUCCUGAUCGCCGCCUUCGGGCUGCAGUGGGCUCUUCUCAUGCAGGGCUGGUUCCACGCCCUCGACUUGACGACGGGAAAAAUCAGCAUCGGAGUUGAGAGUCUGAUCAAUGCAGACUUCUGCUGCGCCGGCUCUCUGAUUGCCUUCGGUGCCCUCCUGGGGAAAGUCAGCCCUGUCCAGCUGAUGGUCGUCACCUUGUUUGGCGUCACACUGUUUGCUGUGGAGGAGUACAUCAUCCUCGACCUCCUUCAUUGCAGAGAUGCUGGUGGCUCCAUGGUCAUUCAUUGCUUCGGAGGGUACUAUGGUUUGGCCAUCUCCUGGGUGCUCUACCGACCAAACCUACACCUAAGUAAACGGCUCAACGGCUCCGUCUACCACUCUGACGUGUUCGCCAUGAUUGGCACACUGUUCCUGUGGAUGUUCUGGCCCAGUUUCAACUCGGCCAUCACAGACCACGGCGACGGACAGCACAGAGCUGCCAUCAACACUUACCUGGCCCUCGCCUCCUCUGUCCUCACCACUGUGGCCAUCUCCAGCAUGUCUCAGAAGAAAGGAAAUCUGGACAUGGUACACAUUCAGAACGCCACUCUUGCAGGUGGUGUUGCCAUGGGAACAGCAGCAGAGUUCAUGAUCACUCCUUAUGGUUCCCUCAUUGUUGGGUUCUGCACUGGCAUCAUUUCAACCUUUGGCUACCUGUUUGUCACGCCCUUUUUAGAGAGGGCUCUCAAGCUCCAGGAUACAUGCGGAGUCCACAAUCUCCACGCAGUCCCAGGGAUGCUCGGUGGCUUCAUAGGUGCUAUUGUUGCUGCAGCAGCCACUGAAGAAGUCUACAGCAGGGAGGGGCUCGAACUCGUAUUUGACUUCGAGGGCAGGUUCGCGAACAGAUCAGUAGGAACACAGGGAGGCUUCCAGGCAGCUGGUACAUGUGUGUCCAUCGCUUUUGGACUCGUCGGAGGGACCAUAGUCGGUUUCAUCCUGAGGUUCCCCAUCUGGGGCGACCCUGCUGAUGACAACUGCUACGAUGAUGAAGCGUACUGGGAGGUUCCUGAGGAUGAGGAGACUCUUCCUCCUGUUCUGGAGUACAACAACCACAUGAUCCACAAGCACCAAGACAUAUCUGAGUCAAACUUCUCUGUGGAGCAGAGUUAAAGUGGGAAACCGAACACCUCCGAUGAUGAUUUUGAACUAGAUGCAGCUGUGAAACAUCAGUAAUUUAUGAAGGAGCAUCAAAAAUGAUCAAUUCUAUGAGAAAGGAACAUUUUUGACACACAGAUCCUCUAACACACCUGCUUUUUACAACAUUUACACUUGAUAUUUGUGUCUGGUACUAAUUAAUUAAAUAAUACAAGUUACUAUUACAAUGACGCUGCACAAAAUAAAAACCAAAUGUCUUAUUUAUGCAAAAAUAAUUCUGAAUCACAAUUUGUAUGACUCCCAAAGGAAACUUUAUGCUGCUAAAUUAAACUUUCUUUCUCUUUCAUUUUGGAACCAGCAUCAUAAAUGUUAAAAAGAUAAUGCCAGGCACCAAAUCCAACCUGUAUAACAAGAAGUGAAAGAAAACGUGUUUAUCUAGUGUAAGCUGAGUUGUAACAGGAGGUAGAACAAAAGCUAUGGUUAGGAGUUCAGAAACGCAUUACUGUCUAUUUAAGUGGAAGCAAAUCCCACUUUCCACAGACUAUAAAUAUAUAUUUGACUUCUUUUGAUUGUAGAAUGUUGUCAGUGAUAAUGUUUGCUGUUUUAUUGCUUUUUAAUGAAGAUUCUGUUGAAAAACAGCAUUUUAUGUUGUGCAGACAUAAAGAAUAUGUAGGAAUCAAUUAAUUGUAUAUGUUAUUUUGUUAUGUAUAGGUCUUUGUGAACUGUAUGUACAUAUGAUCCCACCUUCUAUCACGCACUAUUCGUUGCACAACUAUUCGUUGUUCUUAUGAUGGAAGUUAUGAGCAACCAUAGCAACUAUGAUACAACUCCACAAAUGUAGUUGUGUUGAUGAAUGUUGACUCUAAUACUCUCUUUCUCUCUCUAUAUAUAUAUAUAUAUAUUAUAUGACAUUUUUAUUAGUUGUAUUUUUGCCAUAUUGCUGUUUUAAAUGUAAACAUCCCUAAAUCACACUUAACUGGAUUUGAAAAAAUAAAGUUAUAUUGUAUUUA